AUGAAGGAAGAACUCAAGGGAUCUAUCCAGGUCUACGCUCCCAUGAGGAGCAUCUCGAAACACAACUCAGAUUUGGCAAAGUUCAUUGGGAUUCUUACGACGUUUCUCGUCUCUGGUCUGUUUUACGAGCUUAUAUUCUUCUAUACAACUCGUAUGACGCCUUCAGGUAAGAUCACUUUCUUAUACGUGUUGCAUGGGAUGUAUACUGCGUCGGUAGUGACGGCAGUGUGGAAACCGGGUGGAUGGCUGUGGGCGGUGAGAGCAGCGAUGGCGUUUAUGGUAGUCACCUUUGGUUGGCUCUACUACCCUCAGAUUAACAGAGCUACAAAAUACAACACACCCAUGAAACCUUGUCCUUCUUUAAUUUCUUCGGCCACAAGCAAUCUCUGA